CGGGUUCACCGAAAGCAAGAUUUGUUAGGAGUUUAAUGCGGGCAUAUUGGCACUCCGUUUUACGGGCAACAAGAGGCUAAAUACUGCGGUCCACCCCCCAUAUAGUAAAGGGGUCUUAUUCGCCGUCUUGGGUUCUUUGACAACCGUGGGCAGCCCUGCAAGCGUCCAGAUCGCCGUUCCCUCCUAGCUUCGUUGACUACUUCCCCUUUCUCGGUGACAACGACAUCCAUCCUCUUUUUGCAUUGAAUACGAGAUACACCAUCCUAAAGUUACUCGACAGAACCCCUGACCUUGUCAAUUGAACCAGAGAAAGACCUCCCACAACCAAACCACAAGCCACAACACACAAAAAUCAUGGGCAGCAUCUCCGGCCCGGCAGCCACGGCGCUGCCGUACUGGCAAGUCAACGUUCCCACGGACCGCCGCACGGACGAGUGCCCGGAGGGCCUCCGCAACCUCUCGGCCAAGGACGUCGGGAUCCUGAGCACGCCCGACGCGGCCUACAACCGCCAGACGUGGACGGAAGUCCGGCGGCUCGUCGAGACGAACCGUCUGGAUCUGUUCCAGCGGGUGCCGAGCGAGCUGAGGCGGUACCGCUUGUUCAUCCACCACUUGAUCAAGGAGCACGGGAGCGUCAUGAACUUUGUGCUGAGGCAGCGGCUUGGGUGGGAGGAGCCGUUGAGGGCUACUGAGGGUAAGAGACCGUUUGAGGCAGACGGGGAUUAUAGGAUUUUGUACAAUGAUUGGCCGUAUGGGAUUGAUGGGCGGAUUGUGCAUCUUGUUGUUUGGACAAAGUUUGAGUUGGAGGAGAAUCCGGCGACGGGGGAUUUGACGGAGAGGGCGAGGGAGGAGAUUGAUCGGUUUGUGGAGGGGACGUUUCGGGCGAGGACGAAGCCUGAUACUGUCAUUUGGUUCAAGAACUGGCGGAGUCUCAAGUCCGUUCACGCGGUUGAGCAUUUCCACGUCAUGCUCUUCGACCCGGAUCCCGCGUUCAUUCGGGAGAUUACGAACGGGGAUGUGCCUCAGUGUGACAAGUUUGAGGCAUGAGUAGUAGGAAACUCGACGGGCCUAGGGAUCGGUGAAGGGGGGAGUUUGGGUGAGAUAUUAUGACGGCAAACGGCACAGAUCAAGGGGGAG